UACUGUUUAAAGUGCAAUAUAAUUACGACUUCAAUUUAAUAAUUAUCGAAUCUCUGUCUCGUUCAAGCGGUUGACCUUUCUUCUUCCCUUUCCCAACUUAGUAAAAGCAUUCGUCACCCUCUCUCUUUCACUCUCUCUCUAUCUCUCUUAGGGUUAUCUAUCUGGCGAUGGCUUCUUCCUCAAGAAUGUCGUGCUUCCAGUGCCACGAUUCCAGCUCCGCCCCAGACUCCUUCAGAAACGGGUGGCGCCUCCGCAGCGGCCACCACGCCCACCUCUGCCCUCGUUGCGCGUCAGUUGAAAACCAACCUUCUCACACAUACACGCACAUUUCUGUUUCUAAAUUGGUGGAAGUUUCUAUGUGUUCUUUUUUUUUUUCUAUUGAUACUGAUUUGGUGCGACAGUUAAUACUGAGUUCCUAAAUUAUGUUUAGUAUUCAUGUCAAUUGUGAUGGGUUUUGGGCGGGGGAUUGCGUUUACUUGCUUCUCAAGCAAACGACGAACUGGAGUGACUCCUUUUGUUUCAUUACUUAUCGUGUCUAGAUUUUAAUCCCGUUGAAGGUUGAUUCCCGUUAAUACUGAUUACUGCACUUCUGUUGAGAAUUUGGAUUAAUGUUUUGGAGAUCUCACUGCUAUUACAUGGACACACACAAAUGCAAUAAUUUAAUCAGAAUUGUUGACUGCCUCUGACACCUGAGACAAUCCAACUAAAGAACAGAGCCGCUUCUCUGCUAAUCCUUAGUUUCCAGGGUUAUUGAUCGUUUGUGUUGGUCGUUCGGUCUCAAUUUACUCGGACAUUCAUUUUUUGUUUUGGUUUUUAUGUAGUUGAGUUAAGCAACUUAGACGAGGGUUUGGACGUUUUACAUUUUCUUGUAUCCUGUAUUGUCCAUACAAGAUACAUGGAAUUACGUUCAGGUUCAUGCUAACAGUUAUCUAUGGAUUAUUGUCACCUUUGCCUUUUCACAUUAAGAUGGUACAUUUUGUCUGCUGAGCUUUGGUUGGAGUCUUGACCAAAAUUACAGGGCAGAUUGAUUGCUGUAAUUGAAAGAGAUAAAGUUUGAGUUCAAGUAACUAACUUGGUUCCCUGGAGGAGCAUCACAAACACAAAACUGCAAUGAAUUUUGAGGAUGUGAAUUAAUUACAAGCUAACUAGCCCCUAAGAUUUCGUUAUAUGAAGAAGGAAGAUUCUGUGAGACCUUCCAUUUGCAUGAUGAUGGUUGGAGAGAUUGUGAAUCUUGUGGGAAGUCGAUCCAUUGUGGAUGUAUAGCAUCUUUCAAUAGUCAUUUUCUAUUAGACGUUGGUGGCAUAAUCUGCAUGGAAUGCUCAAGGCUAAAUUUUCUUUUGGCUCGAAACCAAUGUAUGCCUCUUGACCCUGAUACAACAGUGUGUGAAUCUGGUCCGGAACCAUCUGGCAAAGCUUUGGCAGAAGCCCAGUUCUGGCCUCGAGUGACUGAUCUGGAGAUGCCACAAUGCUCUAGAAUCCCCAACGCUACUGUCACUCCUCUGUUUGAAAAGAUAUUGACUACUAGUGAUGCUGAUCUCAAACUAGCGCGCCUAAUUAUACCUAAAAGAUGUGCAGAGUCUUCCUUCCCUAAUAUUUCUGGCCCGGAUGGCUUGCACAUCAAAAUACAAGAUAUGGAAGGCAGUGAAUGGGAAUUUCACUACAGAUAUUGGAUCAACGGUGGAAGUAGGAUUUAUGUUCUCGAGGGGCUCAGAGAUUAUAUGGUCGCAAAGAACUGGCAGGCAGGCGAUACUGUUACAUUUUAUCGAGUGGAACCCGGAGGAAAGAUGUCUCCUGAAUUGAAUUUUUCUUCUUUGGUGUUGCCAGUGGCAGAGUGGUAG